CAUAUCUGCAAUUUUCUUUUUCCCUCGGAAAGAAAUGGAAUUCCCAAAACCACCUCCACUUCCCUCAAACCCCCUCUUAUCCCUCUCCACUUUCUUCCACAGUCUCGGCGCCGAGCUCGCCACCCGCCUCCACCACACCAACCGUCUCGCCGCCAACUUCGCUUCCGGUUUCUCCCAGUCGGCUACUUCCCACCAUCGUCCGCUCUUUGCUUCGGUUUCUCAGCCUAAGGCUGCGGUAGCGGCGGCUGCCACGUUGAGUCCCGAGCAAGUUGUGAAAACUCUAGCCGGAACUGCUGUGUAUACGGUGAGCAACUCCAACAAUGAGUUCGUGCUUAUCUCUGAUCCCAAUGGAGCCAAGUCUAUUGGCUUACUUUGCUUUCGCCUCGAAGACGCCGAGGCAUUUCUCGCUCAGGUUCGACUACGUAGAAGAGAGCUGAGAAGCAAUGCUAAAGUAGUGCCGAUUACACUUGAUCAGGUAUACUCUCUGAAGGUUGAAGGAAUUGCGUUUUGUUUUCUGCCGGAUCCAAUUCAAAUAAAGAAUGCAUUAGAGCUGAAAGCCAGUGAUAUCAAAAGUGGAUUCGACGGAGUUCCAGUUUUCCAGUCUGACCUUCUUGUUGUGAGGAAGAAAAACAAGCGCUUUUUGCCAAUAUAUUUCGAUAAGGAAGAUGUCGAAAAAGAUCUUUCAAAGGUUUCAAGGGCAUCAAGAGGACCUGGUGGUUCUCAACAUAUCAUGGUUGGAAGCUUUGAAGAUGUUCUGAAGAAAAUGGAGAUGAGUGAGAAAAACUCGGGGUGGGAUGAUCAUAUAUUCAUUACGCCUGGUAAAAGCCAUUCUCAACACAUCCAAGACGUGGUGAAAGUAUGAGGCAGUUCAGAUGUUACUUUGGCCUGUCCAUUUGAUAACAUCAGAAACGCGAUUACAACUCAAUGCUAUUGAAUUCGAAUUUGGAAUGGAAGGGAUAGGAGUUACGCGAUAAGAGUGGGAUACCUCCAUUUAUGUACUCCGAGAUCCUAUGGGUUCUCCAUAUGUUACUGAAAAAAAGAAAAGAAAUAGGCAAGGGAAACGCAGUAGCCGUGGUCAUUGAUAUUGCAUAUCUUAUACUUUGAACGAGUAAAACACUAAUUGUCUAUUGG